GCUGCCCCCUGUAAACACACUCACGGUCACUCUUCAACAUUUCGGCGCCCAGACACACAUAAGUUAACGAUUUUCAUGGGAGUUUGGGGCAUUUCCAGGGGUGGUUCAAUGGCUCUAAUGCUAGUUUAACCCUUCUUCUGUACCGUGAACCUAAAAAAUCACUCAUGGGAACCCGAUUAAUGUCCUUUUUUGGCCUUUGAAAAUAGUUGAUGAGAGGAGAAAGCUCUCACACACACACACACACACACGUGAUUUUUAAAGGGACGUCAACAACAACAACAACAACAACAGGAUUUCAUAAAAGUGUCAAUGUCUUCAGAAAUUGAGGUGGUUGGGACUUACACUGACUCAGAAGGACAUGAAUCCGAUGCAGAUUCAAACUCAGUGCACUCCCGCGGCACCACCAGUGACAGGACAGAUGGAACUCUCAGCACUACAACGAGGAGAAAACACUGGAGGAGCCUUCUGUCAUUUUGGCUCUUGGGGCUGACGAAUAACUUUGCCUAUGUGGUUAUGCUUUCUGCUGCCCAUGACAUACUCUCCCAAGACUUUAGUGGUGGUGGUGGAGGUGGUAAUGGCAGUAUUACGCCAACAAAUGACAGCAACAAUACAAACCCUCGGGACUGCAACACCGUCAGCACCGGCGCCAUCCUGCUGGCGGACAUCAUUCCCUCGCUCGUGAUGAAGCUUUUAGCCCCGUUCAUGUUUCCUCAUGUCCACGCGCGUGUGAGUUUGGUGGUGCUGGCGGGCAUGUGUUCCUUCCUGCUGGUAGGGUUGGCGACCAGCCGAGCCAUGGCCAUAGUGGGGGUGGUCUUUGCCGCCGUGGGAGCAGGUCUUGGGGAGCCCACAUUCCUCGCAUACUCUGCCAACUAUCAUGAGAACGUUGUUUCUACAUGGUCGUCAGGGACAGGGGCGGCCGGGCUCUUUGGUUCUAUGAGCUUUGCCGUGUUCACCUCGGCUGGGCUGUCUCCUCGCUCCGCAGUGCUGCUCAUGCUGGUGGUGCCGGUGAUCAUGGGUCUCAGCUUUUGGGUAAUUCUCAUUCACCCAGAGAAGACAAAGUGUGGAAGGUCCUGCACGAUGUACAGUAUUAAUGAGGAGGAAGAGGAGACCAUGUUGCCGGCCAACAACCCACCACCCAUAACCUUUACCCAGAAGGUGGCGCUGCUGCCCUCCCUGAUGAAGUACAUGAUUCCUGUGCUUAUGGUGUAUUUGGCAGAGUACGUGAUCAACCAAGGCCUUUUGGAGCUGGUGUACUUCCCGCAAGACAAGGACUGGCUGAACCAUCACGAGCAGUAUCGCUGGUACCAGGUCCUCUACCAAGUGGGCGUCAUGGUGUCCAGGUCCUCGGUCAACUUUGUACGGGUCACACACAUUUGGAAGACCUCGGUGCUACAGUGGAUCAAUGUGGUUCUCUUCCUGACCUGCGCCAUCUAUUGGUGGGUCAAAAACAUCUGGCUGGUGUUCCUCCUCAUCCUCUGGGAAGGUGUUCUGGGAGGAGCUGCGUACGUCAACACCUUCUACAGGAUUUCUCAAGAGACUGAUGAACGUCACAGAGAGUUUGCGAUGGCGGUGACCACUUUGUCAGACACCAUUGGAGUAACUAUGGCAGGCCUCAUUGCCAUUCCUCUUCACAAUAUCAUUUGCAGCCUUCCUGUGAAGUGAGGGGAGAAUGCAAAAAAUGUGGCAUGAAGGGGUAGCAUAUUCAUCCUCGGCAUGUGCCACAAACACUGGUCUGCAAUUACCAUGUUGUUGCUUUACAUUAUUUAGCCCUUCUUCCUUGAGUCUGAUCUAGCUGGUUGAUUAUGACAGAGAGGAUGAUUUGAUUCUCUUUCAGUUAUUAUUGUUUGUGCUUUUAGCUGAUGUGUGAGUUGUUCUGUGUGUGGUGUCUUGUGCAAGCAAACUCUAGAUUACGUGAUUGUUUCUGUAGCUUGCUACACAUGUGUUUUAUUAUUUUUUUGUAUCAAGACAUAAUAUAAAGCAAACUUGGCAUCUAACCUAAUGAGAUGCCUAUGUUUGUUUUCCAGUUAAUCAUCUUGAAAUAUUUGUUCUGACCUACACAUUACACAUUAUUCAUAAUUGUUACUCAGUUCACAAUAUGAAUAAGUCUCCCAGGUGUCCUCACAAUUCAUUAUGAGAACUUGAACAAAUGCCUUAGUACUUCACAGUCCUGUAUGUGCAAUAGUAUAGUAUUUAUUUUUAUAACCACAUGAAAGUAUAUAAAUAGAUGUUAGAGGUUUCAGUGUACGUGUGUCGGUGAGAUCAUCCAUCUUGAGUGCUCAGUGCUGCUUCUUGUGCAUGAAAGUUCAUAAAUAAUGGAAACAUAGACACACCACAGCCAGACAUGUGUCUCUUCAGUGUCUUUCCAGUGAGGAACAGUUGUGUGCUGGGGUGUGAGUGGCCUGUGACAGUGGGCUGUUUGCUUUAUCUUGAACUUAACUUGUGUUGUCCCUGAUAAUUAUCCCUCACCAGAUGAUAAAUGAUAUUUACUUUUCAAAGUUAAGAUUGGUGAAGUAAAUCUUACUCAUACAACUGCUGUUCUUGGCACUACAUGAAGUUUUAUUGUAGUACUAGAUGAUAAGUCAUACGUGUCUUUUCAAGGUAUGAAAAUGCACACCGGAUCAAAUCUUGAUGACAAGAAGUUAAAGUCCCAUAGGUUAAAACACUAAUUAACCUUUCACAGCACUGUUUCCAGUACUAACCAUAAGUUGUUGGCUUCCAACCAACAGCAGUACAAGAACUUAGGACCAAUCAAAGUGCCUAAAAAGUUGGUAAAGGGAUCACUGUCGUAAUAAUGAACAAAAUAGUCCAUACAUCUACAAUUUUUGGAUGUCUAGUCACACACCUUUUUAUCUUUGUGUGCGUAUAAAAUACACUAUUGUCUGCUGGCCAUAUUUAAACCAUUAUGUGAUAAUAGAUGUUUUCAUUACAAAAAAAAAAGGUCCUGUGAUUAGAAGCUAGUUCAUCAAUUGCUAUGUUUGGUGUUAUUACACAAGGUCUAUUUUUAUAUAGAUGUGACACGUGUUUUAAUAAAUUCAUACUCUUUGG